UCUCAUGUCUCAUUCGUAAACAACAGAGUACCCGGGCGUUAUGCAUUACACUCAUUCGUAAACAACAGAGUACCCCGAGUCUUUGCUUUCUGUUUAUUUUUUAUCAGGUAUUCCUUUGUGGCCUUCAUAUUCGUUUCGUUUCAACGAACAACCAACCACGCUUGACACGCUUGAAGCAGAGACAAUAAACUCCUGAACAACUUGGUUGGAAUUGGAGGAAUUGGAUUUCCAUUUGUUGGACAGUUCAUGCUGGUUUGAUACAUCUAGCACACAAUGGAGGAACCACAGGACUCACACGCACAAGAUGUCACAAAAACGGCAGGCGAAGAGAAUUGCACAGAUGCAAAGCAAGAAUUUUAUAUUAAAGCACAAAAAUACUGGUCAGAGGUUCCUCCAACUGUAAAUGGAAUGCUUGGUGGAUUGGGAUAUAUCAAUGCUGUCGACAUACAGGCGUCGACCAGCUUCUUACGAGAAUUAAAAAUCAAAGAUAUGCACAAAAAGUAUGCCUUGGACUGUGGAGCAGGCAUUGGUCGAGUUACAAAGAACUUACUUAUGCCUCUCUUUGAAAAAGUGGAUCUUGUUGAACAAGACCCUGCCUUUGCAGAAAAGGCACGAGAUUAUUGUGUAACAGAUAUGGGUUCAACGCUUGGUUAUCCCAAACGAUUGGGAGAAAUUUAUAAUGUGGGACUGCAAGAGUUUAUUCCAACUCCACAGAAAUACGAUGUAGUGUGGUCGCAAUGGGUUCUGGGUCACUUGACGGAUGAAGAUUUGCUAAAAUUUUUCAAACGUGUAAAAGUUGGUUUAGCUGAGGGUGGUCUAUUUGUCAUGAAGGAGAAUGUAAGUUCAUCGAAUAGUACAGUUUUAGACGACACCGAUUCUUCGGUGACGAGGCCGUUGACCGAAUAUGAAAAAUUCCUUGAAGAAGCUGGCUAUCGCAUAAUAAAAAUUACAAAACAAAAGAACUUUCCCAAGGGAUUGUUUCCAGUUUGUAUGAUUGCAUGUCGACCAAUGGCUCCAAAAAUCAAUCAAGGCUGAGGACCAAUUUGUGUUUCGUGGAAGGGCCCGUCUAAAAAAUUGAACGCUUCUUAGUGACUACACUCUUUAGAUUUACUUAAGCUAUUAUUUUAAAUGCUGACCCAGUUUUUUCGUUUUCCUUUUAUGAAGCUAGUCUUUGAUCGCUCGCACAAAAAGGUUAUACCAAUUACCUACUUAGUAUGUAUACAUAACUAAUCUUUUUUUUGUAAUAUGUUAGAAAAUAAAAUUUUACAAAAACCUA